GAUGAGAAGAAAUUAUAAUGAUAUUUCUUUUCUCAAAUUGCUUCUAACUUCGGCUUCUGCCAUAGAAAAGAGGGAGAUUUGGUAAGUGUGCCUGAGAGAUUGAGAAAGAUAAUUUUUUAUCUGAGAGAGGGAGAGACGAUCGGUCGCUAUGGCUGAUGACGACGGUGGAGGAGAUUCGCAGAGGGCGAAGAGGGCGGCUGCGGCGGCGUAUGACUACGAAGGUGACCCGCGGUGGGCGGACUAUUGGUCGAACGUGCUGAUCCCACCCCACAUGGCUUCCCGAUCCGAUGUUGUUGACCACUACAAGCAGAAGUUCUACCAGCGAUUCAUCGACCCGGAUUUUUCUGUUGAGAUGAUGUCUUCAGCCAGUUCUUCCCAAUCAGCUAGAGUAUUUUCUAGAGCUUCAUCGACGCCAACAAGAGUGCAGCCAAGGCCUCAAAGUUCAGCACCAAGACCAGGAGCUUCUGCAACUUCAGGCAGGAGCUCAAGUUCUCUGCGGUUGGAUAAGCAGACUAUUCACUUUUCUGUUAAUGCAUGGGUGUUGAUUGUUGCUUUGCUUGGCAUCCUGCCACUUGUGCCGAGGAAUCUUUCAAACAAGGCAUUUCGGUUGUCACUGUUGGGAACGGCUCUGUCUUCUUUUUAUUCUUUGUACACUUUAUAUCGUACACCCCGGGCUUGGAAUCUGUCAGCCGUACAAACAUGGUUUCAGUCAAUAAUUGCAACAAAAGAUUUUAUCCACUUGAUGUACUGCCUUAUGCUCGUUUCUUCUCGUCUGCACUUAAAACUUGCCUUAAUACCUGUGAUUUGCUGGUCAGUGGAACAUGUCGCCAAAUUCUUGAGGGGUAAUUUUUCACGAUCAUUAUUUUACAGGAGAUAUUUGGAGCAACCUUGUCUGUUUGUAGUGACGAACGCAACUACUUUGAGUAUCGUUAGUUCAAAUAGUGAGAUUGCACUGGGCUUCCUUCUAGUAAUCUCAGUCAUCUCAUGGCAGCGGAGCAUUUUGCAGACGUUCAUGUACUGGCAGCUACUGAAACUUAUGUAUCAUGCUCCUGCAACUGCUGGUUAUCACAAGAACAUCUGGGCCAAGAUUGGCCUAACUGCCAACCCCUACAUAUAUCGCUAUGCCCCUUUCCUUAACACUCCUAUCUCAGUUAUCCAGAGAUGGUGGUUCAGGUAGGAAACAUGUGAUGAGAGUGAAGAUUGAAUACUCCAAACUCUUAAAGAAUCUUCUUUUGAAUGAAGGUGAUACUUUUCUUACAGAAUUGCCCCGUUUAUUUUAGUUAGACAUUCUAAUGUGGAUCUCCACUCUAGCACUCAACUAGUAAAGACCGGAUCUUGUAAUUGUUUGGAGAAAUCAAUUCAAGUAAGCUUGUUCUACAAGGUUGCAUUUUUAAAUUCUAUUAA